AUGGCAUUCAAAGGCUCUUUAUUGUUAGUUAGGCAAUCAGAUUCCAUACGUAUACCGGUUGUUAAGAUAUUCACCUUCUCAUACAUGAUUUCAACAAGAACGAAUUCUUUCUCAAAGCUACUUCAACAUGUUCGCUCCGCAGCUAAAAGUGGGAAUCAUAGCGGUGAAACUUUGGAACGAGACUUCUUCAAUCUUCGUAAAAUCAUAGUUGCUACAACAUUAAACGGGGUAGUGCCCUUGUUUGUGCAGAGAUCAACAGCUCAUUAUCAGUUGCCUGGCCAAGCAUCUGUUGCAUUCAGAGAUACGGUAUGUUGCGAUUUUGUUCAGCGUGGAACUGUUCCGAUCGUAAUAGAACGAACAGACGUCUGUAAUAAGAGCUUGAAGGAAUCUUUGACCGGCGUGUUGAUAUUCUUCAACCCAAUUACUGGAAAAGUCGUAGAGAGAAAACAACUACCGACUCCAAUAUCUCGUGUUGAUGUACUGAGUUUCGUGGGUCGGGAGCACAUAUAUCCACUUAUUGUUGUUGGAGCUAAUAAGAAGAUAUUCAUACAUCCUCCUCAACCUGAUGACGUGCUAGCUGGAGCUCCUCCCGUCUAUAUCCUUAUACCAGAAGGUAAAAAAAUGCAUUCACAAGGAAGAGUGUUGAUUGAUCGCAAUGUGCAGUACAAAUAUGCAAAUCCAAAUCUGGUUGCAAUAGCCACUUUGGAUCCAGUUCAUCAAUAUUUGUCGAUUUUCCUGGUAGAUGUAGUUUCUGGACAAAUGGUUCAUUCUGCUCGCUUGUCUAAGGCCACAGCACCCGUGCAUUUGGUUCAUUGCGAACACUGGAUUGCGUAUUCCUAUUGGUCGGAGAAGGGAAGACGAACUGAAAUAGGCAUACUUGAACUCUACGAAGGGAGCGAGCAAACCAACAAGACGACUUUGACUUCCCUUGUCGCCAACGCAAGGGAGGGCACCAGAAGUAGUUACCCAAAGCUUUAUUUAUGCACAAGGAAUAGAAGCAAUGGCAAAAAAGGGCUUACUACCCGUUCCCUGUUGAUGGCUCUCCCUUUGGGAGGAAUUCAUGAAGUGACAAGGAAGUUGCUGGAUGCUACGCGCCCAUUGGAGUUGACGCAAGAAAUGCGCGAGGAAAUGAUGAUACCGUAUAUUCCUGAGAUUGCCAUAGCAACAGGAAGAUAUGGUAAAUUACAAUCAAACUGUUCAUCCGCAUCGGGAUUAGAAUCUACGAGUCUUAUGCUAGCCUAUGGAAUUGACGUCUUCUUUACUCGUCUGCAUCCUUCUGGAACUUUCGAUAUUUUGAAAGAUGAUUUUGAUCAUGUUUUGAUCAGCGUUGUCCUUGUUCGGGGCUCAUAA